GGCAGCAAUACACAGUGAAGAGAUAAUCCGUGCACAUAGAGCAGUCACGUCGGCAGGUUUGGCAUUUGCGAUCGAGAAACUCCCGGCUGUUGAGUUCUACAUUAUUCUUGGGCGUCUCGGGACCACCGCAAACAGCACUGCGAGCUGUUUAGGUAGCUUAAGCGCUUUGUCCAUCGAGCACCGCCGGGAUUUCACAGCAUUUCCGUCCCGUUUCUGGAGGGCGGCGCCGAGGAGUCAACAUUACUCCGCCAGCCUGAGCUGAGCAAGCAUCCCUUGACUGCCCCAGCGUUUCUCAACUUUCAUCAGAUCAACUCGCUCCUCACGCGGCUUCUUUCUUGCCUUGCAUUACCAGCGCUUCGCAAACCGCUCUCGCAGAGCUCCAGCGCAUUAUUAUCGUUCGCUCUGACCAUGGCAGACGUGCCCCUUUACGUGGUCUCGGACUACGCCUCCUCCGAGCGACGGAUCACGCCGUCAUGGUCCAUUUCCCAGCUCAAGGCCAAGCUCGAAUCCGUCACUGGCAUUCCUCCGUCUUGCCAGCAGAUCUUCCUCAAGGCGCCGUCCAAUGAGAAGAUCCCGGUAGAGGCCCAGGAUGAGGACUCGGUCCGCCUGGCACAGUUUCCGCUCGUCCCUUACGCGGAAUUAUUGGUCGUCGACACUCGGCCCGUCUCAGCGAGGCCCAAUUUCUCUAGUACGGCCGGGGUCGAGAAGUUCGUGCUCUCCGAGGAAGAAUACGAAAAGAAGACGGACUCUGUCCUCGCCUGGAAGAAGGCGCAGAAGCUGGGGCGCUUCGACCCCAACGCCCCGAGCCAUGAGCAGGCCAGAAUUGCCGAGAUUGCUCGAGAGAUUGAAGCCCGGGGGAUCGCCGUUGGGAAGCGGUGCAGGGUCGGCCAAGACGAUACGAAGCGAGGUGAAAUCAAGUACGUCGGCGAUGUCAAGGAGAUCCCAGGCGUAGGCGCUUGGGUAGGCGUCCAGCUGGACGAACCAGUGGGCAAGAACGACGGCAGCAUCGGGGGCACCCGGUACUGGGGCGAAGAGUCGGAGCUGAAGCGUGGCGUAUUCGUCAGGCCGGAGCGGGUCGAGGUUGGCGACUUUCCAGCCCUGGAUGACCUGGAGGACAUGGAGGAGAUUUGAAGGCGGUUGCCCAACCAACUCACUGACCCAAUGGAAUGUACACACUUCACAAGGUGUCACCACCA